AUGAAGAACCAACCAAGAGAAGUGCAAGUGGAGAGGCAAAAUGCAACUGAAUUUAUUCUGCUGGGACUGCUGAAUCACAGCAAAGUCCACAUGUUCUUCCUCGCUCUGAUUUUGCUUGCCUUCAUUACCGCUGUGUCUGGGAAUGCUCUCCUCAUAUUUCUAAUCCAGGUGACUCCCUCCCUUCACACCCCCAUGUACUUUUUCCUCAGCCAAUUGGCCUUCAUGGACAUCUGCCCCAGCCUGUUUAUAAUCCCCAAAAUGUCAGUGGACUUUCUGACCCCAGGCAACACCAUUUCUGUGGCUGGCUGCGGGACUCAGGUUUUCCUCAUGUUGACCAUUGGAGGGGGAGAAUGCCUCCUUCUGCCAGUCAUGUCUUAUGACAGGUAUGUAGCCAUUUGCAAACCCUUGCAAUACCCCGUCCUCCUGAGCAGAAGAGUUUGCCUGGCCCUGACAGCAGCAGUAUGGAUUUCUGCUCUCAUAAAUGCCUUAAUUCAUACCAUUUAUACCAUGCGUCUGCCCUACUGUGACUCAAAAUCCAUUGACCAUUUCUUCUGCGAGAUUCCUCCCCUUCUCAAAUUGUCCUGCUCCGACACCUCCACCUAUGAGACUGUGGUGGUUCUUAAUAGCAGUAUUUUGUUCCUUAUCCCUUUUUCCAUUAUACUAGCCUCUUAUGCUCGAAUCUUUGCUACAGUCCUAAGGAUGAAGUCAACCACAGGACAGCAGAAGGCUCUGGCCACUUGCUCCUCACACCUGACUGUGGUGGGGCUGUUCUUUGGGGCAGCAAUGUUCACGUACAUGAAACCCAAUGCUGACCACUCAACACGGCAAGACAAGAUUGUGCCUGUGUUUUACUCCAUUAUCACCCCCGUUCUGAAUCCUGUCAUAUACAGCCUGAGAAACAGGGAUGUUUUAGGAGCCCUUAGGAAACUGGUUGGAAAACACAGAGUCCUCCACUAGAAUUGAUAGUAUCCAUAGUUUGCUGUUAUGUAAAUGGUUUGAUCAAAGCCAGGAGAACAGACUGGAACAUUCAGAAAUUUACGGUUUCUUUUUUCUAAGAUCUCUGCCUUAACUCUGUCCUUCUGCAAAUCAGAGGCAUUCAGACUCCUCUAUCAUUUGAUCCUUUUGGAAAAGCCUCCAGCCCCUGUUAGAGGAGAUUUAACCAGAUUGUUGCAAGACUAUGGGUGAUUGAAAAACCUAUGUAGCCCAUAUCCUGCAAAAGGCUGAAAUCCUUUUGCAGGAAACAGGUAAAGUGUUCAAAUGGACACAUUUCCAGCAGCCACUUUUCCAGGUGGAAUUGGGCCUGAGUUUUCUACCCUCAUCAGUUUAAAACCAAUUAAACUUCACAGAGCUCAUCAGUAGAGUCCUUGGGAGAAAAAAAAAGUGAGAGCUCCAUU